AUGGCACCUCCAAAGAAGAGAACAUCGAGGAAAUCCAACAAAAAUGAAGAUGAGUGUCUACUUCAAAGAGUUUGUGCCAACAAACGCGAACGACAACGAACAAAGGAGUUAAAUGAUGCUUUCGCCUUGCUAAGGAAGAUCAUACCAUCGAUGCCAUCUGAUAAAAUGAGCAAAAUCCAUACUCUGCGUAUAGCAUCUGAUUAUAUUCGUUUUUUAGAUCAGAUGAAGAGAGAUGAUGGGAAAUUAUAUGGUGUUGAUAUUUUCGAUGAUAAGGCAGGGUAUGGGUUACAAGCCAGUUUCAACAUCUGGCGAUCAGGACAUGGCAUCACUGGUUCAGGAAUUAUAUCGCCUCAUGUAGUAAACGCCUCCUCAACAACUGGUAAUAUGGUGCCAGUAGGUAUGAUGCAACAAAUGCCUCCAACAGGUUUGGUUCAUAACUCAGGAGCAGCUUCAACAUCUAUGAUGACUUAUUAUAUGAGCGGCUAUAGUAUGAAACCAGAUUAUCUGGAUUCUUCUACGUCAUCUGGAGAUAUGCAUUGGGAAAAUUGA